CAGUCAAGUUCUUCAGAACAAACAGUUUAGUUGUCAACAAAACCACAAAAAAAAAACAACACUUCAACAUGUUCAAAUUCUUCGCUUUGUGCCUGUUCGCCAUUGUUGCCUGUGUGGCUGCCAAGCCUGCUGUGGUGGCUGCCCCGCUGGCCUAUAGCGCCUACACCGCUGCACCACUGGCCUACAGCUCUCCCUAUACCGCUGCCUAUACCGCUGCCGCUGCUUAUCCCUACUCCGCUUAUCCCUAUGCUGCUGCCUACUCUGCUUAUCCUUAUGCUGCCUACUACCGUUAAGGAACACCACUGCAACACCACACGGACUUAAUUGCACCACAACUGGACCUUUAUGUAUUCUAAUUCUGGCUUUUCUCGCUCCAUUCAUCACAUCCUUAACUCGGCUUUUUGUUUCCUCAUUAACUUUUUGGUUUCGUAGUAUUGCUAUGCGAUGUUUCGGGGAGUUCUGCUGAAGGAAUGUUAUAAUAUAUUGUUUUUAAAUAAAUGCACUUUGCGUAAAUCGUAA